AAGAGCGCGUUCAUUCAAAAUUUGACCAGGCUCAGGAUUCAGACGCUCGCUCGCGAUCCCGUGAUGGGUCGCGUAGUACGCGUCGGGCGUCUUGACGAUGGUUCAUUUCCACGGUUGACUUGUCCCUGUCUGCGUAACGCCCAUUCGCGACUCACCGCCUCACGCAAGAAUAAUAAUGGCUACCUCCAACUCAAACUCAACAAGCAGGCUCACGCGCCCCGUUCCCUACACUCCCAAGCGACCCCACUCAGUUUCCACCGAAGAUCUCACUAGCACCGGCCGGAUACCCCGCUCGACGACCCCCAGCCUUCUCAGCUCGGCAAAGAAAUUCAAGGCGGCCCUCUCGACGGAGUCUCGCUCGCGGUUUACUGCGAAACCUAGGUCAGGGCUUACGUCCGUCCCGGGUUCACCCACGAAGGAUGUACGACCGAAGACGCCAACUACCCCCAAGCGAGGCUCCGAGAGCCCGCUGCUCUUUCCGCAGAUCAGCGAGAUGGAUGUGAGCAGGAUCGACCCAGAAGAGGCGCUGGUAGACUUUCAAACUGUAGAGCCUGGGGACAUCUCUGGCGAACUCGACGAGGCUGCGCUCGCAGACUACGGUAAGGAGGACAAAGUACUUGUAUCGAUAAGAAUACGGCCCACCAACGCCACUACCGCAUGGCAGACAACAGACACGAUACCCAAGAGCAUGAAGCUCGACUCUCAGUAUUGUAAAACUACGACGACGACACCCCAAGACUUCCGCUUUGACGAAAUUCUCACCGGCUCCGACAACAAGCCCGUUUACAACGCCGUCGCGCGCAGCCAUGUCUGCGCCGCGAUGGACGGCUACAAUGCCAUUAUUUUCGCCUAUGGUCAAACCGCUAGCGGCAAGACCUUCACGCUCACCGGAGACGAAGACCAGCCCGGUAUCAUUCCCCGCGCGAUGAAGGACAUCUUCGCCUACAUCAGGCGGACGCCGACACGCGAGUACCUCCUGCGGUGCUCGUACCUUGAGAUCUACAACGAGACCAUUCACGACCUGCUCGCACCACCCUCCUCCUCCGUCUCGCAGCCCGUGCAGAUCCAGGGCACGGGUAACAACGUCAUCCUCACGCCCCUCCGCGAGGAGGUCGUCACGAGCCUCAAGAGCGUACGCGAGGUCCUUCAGCGCGGGGAGGGCAACCGGCGCACGGCAAGCACGGACUGGAACGAGAGGAGUAGUCGGAGCCAUAGCGUUUUCCGCGUGGUUAUUGAGAGUAGAGAACGCGGGAGUGGUACUGAUGAGGGCGGGACCCCUAGCGGAAGGACGACGCCAGGUUUCAGGCCUCCGACGCCGGGCGGACCGAGGCUACAAGCGAGAGGCGGACGAAGUGUACAGACGUCUGUUCUGAGCCUUAUUGAUCUCGCUGGCUCUGAAAAAGCUACCUCAGACAAGGAGCGCACUCGAGAGGGCAAGUACAUCAACACCAGUCUGCUCACUCUGGGUACCGUCAUCGGUACGCUCGCCGAGAACUCCGCGCGGAACAAGCACGACCACGUCCCCUUCCGAAACUCGAAACUGACGCGGAUGCUGCAGCCCUCGCUCUCGGGAAACGCACGCAUCUCCGUCAUUUGCACGAUCAACCCGGACACGGGCGCGAUCGCCGAGUCGACGAGCACGCUCCUCUUCGCGCAGCGCAUCAAGAAGGUGCAGCUGAACGCGCAGAAGAAGGAGGUCGUCGACACGGAGGCGCUCCUCGAGCGUUACAGGAAGGAGAUCGAAGAGCUCAGAAAGAGGCUGUCCGAGAAGGAGGCGGAGGCGCCUGCGUUGAAGCGUAGGCUCUCUGCGCGCGAGCAAUUGGACGAGUCCCGGGCGAUGAGCGACCUAAACUCGCGGAUUAGGCAACUCACGAAGCUCAUUCUGACCAGUCAGACUGUCGACGAGAACAAGGAUAACGAGUCCCGUCCGGCAAGCCCGUCGAAGGUCGACUUUGACAUGUCUCCCUAUCAGCUGCAACAGGAGCUGCUUUCCGCUCGCAGACAGAUCGAUACACAGGCUACUCAAAUCCUGUCGCUCGAAGCAGCCCUGCUUGCGCGACCGCAGCUGCCACCCGACGCGCCUGAGAGCGAGAAGGACAAGGCGUUGAACGAGCAGACGAAGACUAUCCGCGAGCUUGAGAUUGUCGUCAGAGGCUACGAAGAGAACCUCGGUGAGCCUUUACGCGCAGUCAGGGAGGAUGUAGAGAGGGAAUGGAUCGCGAAGCUAGAGAAGGAGAAGCGAAGCCGAGAAGAGAAGGAGGCGUGGGCAGACGCGCUCGUAAAGCAGCUCGAGAAGGAGAAGAAGACCCGCAUGAAGCUCGAGGAUGAGCGGCAGGCUUUGGCGGCCUUCGUAAGGAAGUUCGACGCACUCGGCCUCAGCACAGGCCUGCCCAUGGCAGUCCCGUCGAAACUCAACCCGCCGAUGCCCACGCCCGGCGGUGCAGCGGCGGUUUUCGCGCAGCGACAGCGGAGUCGGCUGCAAUCCAUGGAUCCGGACCCGACUAUGUCGCCGGUUGCGGAGACUGAUUCGCCGAUGCGCUUGCCCGCGGUCGAGCCUAGUCUCCUUGAAGAGGAGUGGGAUGCGGUAGACGACGUGAGCUUUGGCGACGACAAGCCGUUUUUCCCCAUCCCUACCAAGUCAAGGAAAGGGUCGCAUAGCCCAGUGCGAAGCAUCUUGGCCCGGGGUCAGAAAGAGAAUAUGCCUGUGUAGGAUUGCGCAUAUGCGUUUCAUGAGUUACUCGUACAUGUACCGUCGUAUGGACCCCUCAGCUCUGGAAGCCAUGUCUUGUAUGAACACAUUCGAUCUUCUGCCAUGUGAUAUCUUUGCCUCAUCGUCCGUAUUUUCGUGUUUCGUUACAGUAUGUAGUAGGAGUCAGUGUCUUGAUUCAAUAUGCUUACUUGGAUCUUGCUCA